AUGGUAGACGUGAAACUACUAGGAUUUUGGUCUAGUCCUUUUGUUCAUAGAGUGAUAUGGGCUCUAAAGUUCAAAGGCAUAACAUAUGAAUAUAUAGAACAGGAUAGACAUACCAAAAGCCAGUUACUCCUUCAAUCCAAUCCUAUUUACAAGAAAGUGCCUGUUCUUAUUCACCAAGGAAAAGUCAUUGUAGAGUCACUUGUUAUUCUCGAAUACAUUGAAGAAACUUGGCCGGAGAAUCCAUUGCUUCCCAAAGAUUGUCAUGAAAGAGCCUUAGCUCGAUUCUGGAUUAAAUUUGGAGAAGAUUCGAUUGCUUCUCUAACUCGUUUGUUUAUGCGACCUCCUAAAGACGAAAAGGAAAGAGUUGAGGCAAUAGAAAAAGCACAAGGAACUAUCACAAUAAUGGAAGAGCAAGGUUUAGGGGACAAGAAGUUUUUUGGUGGCAACAAUAUUGGAAUGGUAGACAUUGUAUAUGGAUGCCUUAGUCAUUGGUUAGAAGGGUUAGAGGAAAUUGUUGGGAUCAAAUUAAUUGAGGAAAAGAAAUUUCCUUACUUGCAUUCAUGGAUUCAAAACUUUAAGCAAGUUCCUCUAAUUAAAGAAAAUCUUCCUGAUUAUGAGAAAUUAUUGGUCCAUCUUCAAUGGCGCAGGCAGGAAUAUAUUAUAUAG